GCGGGGGCAGCGCCCUCGGGGAGCCGGCCGGCCGGCGGCGGCGGCAGCGGCGGCGUUUCUCGCCUCCUCUUCGUCUUCUUUUCUAACCGUGCAGCCUCUUCCUCGGCUUCUCCUGAAAGGGAAGGUGGAAGCUGUGGACUCGGGCGGGAGCCGGCUGAGGCGCGGCGGCUGCACCUCCCGCUCCUGGAGCGGGGGGGAGAAGCGGCGGCGGCGGCGGCGGCUGCAGCUCCGGGGAGGGUGUCGGAGUCGCCUGUCACCAUUUCCAGGGCUGGGAACGCCGGAGAGUUGGUCUCUCCCCUUCUACUGCCUCCAACACGGCGGCGGCGGCGGCGGCACAUCCAGGGACCCGGGCCGGUUUUAAACCUCCCCUCCGCCGCCGCCGCACCCCUCCUGGCCCGGGCUCCGGAGGCCGCCGGAGGAGGCAGCCGUUCCGAGGAUUAUUCUUCUCCCCAUUCCGCUGCCGCCGCUGCCAGACCUCUGGCUGCUGAGGAGAAGCAGGCCCAGUCGCUGCAACCAUCCAGCAGCCGCCGCAGCAGCCAUUACCCGGCUGCUGUCCAGAACCAAGCGGCAGCAGAGCGAGGGGCAUCAGCCACCGCCAAGUCCAGAGCCAUUUCCAUCCUGCAGAAGAAGCCCCGCCACCAGCAGCUUCUGCCAUCUCUCUCCUCCUUUUUCUUCAGCCACAGGCUCCCAGACAUGACAGCCAUCAUCAAAGAGAUCGUUAGCAGAAACAAAAGGAGAUAUCAAGAGGAUGGAUUCGACUUAGACUUGACCUAUAUUUAUCCAAACAUUAUUGCUAUGGGGUUUCCUGCAGAAAGACUUGAAGGCGUAUACAGGAACAAUAUUGAUGAUGUAGUAAGAUGUGCUGAAAGACAUUAUGAUACCGCCAAAUUUAACUGCAGAGUUGCACAGUAUCCUUUCGAAGACCAUAAUCCACCACAGCUAGAACUUAUCAAACCCUUUUGUGAAGAUCUUGACCAAUGGCUAAGUGAAGAUGACAAUCAUGUAGCAGCAAUUCACUGUAAAGCUGGAAAGGGACGAACUGGUGUAAUGAUUUGUGCAUAUUUGUUACAUCGGGGCAAAUUUUUAAAGGCACAAGAGGCCCUAGAUUUCUAUGGGGAAGUAAGGACCAGAGACAAAAAGGGAGUAACUAUUCCCAGUCAGAGGCGCUAUGUAUAUUAUUAUAGCUACCUGUUAAAGAAUCAUCUGGAUUAUAGACCAGUGGCAUUGUUGUUUCACAAGAUGAUGUUUGAAACUAUUCCAAUGUUCAGUGGCGGAACUUGCAAUCCUCAGUUUGUGGUCUGCCAGCUAAAGGUGAAGAUAUAUUCCUCCAAUUCAGGACCCACACGACGGGAAGACAAGUUCAUGUACUUUGAGUUCCCUCAGCCGUUGCCUGUGUGUGGUGACAUCAAAGUAGAGUUCUUCCACAAACAGAACAAGAUGCUAAAAAAGGACAAAAUGUUUCACUUUUGGGUAAAUACAUUCUUCAUACCAGGACCAGAGGAAACCUCAGAAAAAGUAGAAAAUGGAAGUCUAUGUGAUCAAGAAAUUGAUAGUAUUUGCAGUAUAGAGCGUGCAGAUAAUGACAAGGAAUAUCUAGUACUCACUUUAACAAAAAAUGAUCUCGACAAAGCAAAUAAAGACAAGGCCAACCGAUACUUUUCUCCAAAUUUUAAGGUGAAGCUGUACUUCACAAAAACAGUAGAGGAGCCAUCAAAUCCAGAGGCUAGCAGUUCAACUUCUGUAACACCAGAUGUUAGUGACAAUGAACCUGAUCAUUAUAGAUAUUCUGACACCACUGACUCUGAUCCAGAGAAUGAACCUUUUGAUGAAGAUCAGCAUACACAAAUUACAAAAGUCUGAUUUUUUUUUUAUCAAGAGGGAUAAAACACAAUGAAAACAAACUUGAAUAAACUGAAAAUGGACCUUUUUUUUUAAUGGCAAUAGGACAUUGUGUCAGAUUACCAGUUAUAGGAACAAUUCUCUUUUCCUGACCAAUCUUGUUUUACCCUAUACAUCCACAGGGUUUUGACACUUGUUGUCCAGUUGAAAAAAGGUUGUGUAGCUGUGUCAUGUAUAUACCUUUUUGUGUCAAAAGGACAUUUAAAAUUCAAUUAGGAUAAAUAAAGAUGGCACUUUCCCAUUUUAUUCCAGUUUUAUAAAAAGUGGAGACAGACUGAUGUGUAUACGUAGGAAUUUCUCAUUUUUGUGUUCUGUCACCAACUGAAGUGGCUAAAGAGCUUUGUGAUAUACAGGUUCACAUCCUACCCCUUUGCACUUGUGGCAACAGAUAAGUUUGCAGUUGGCUAAGAGGAGUUUCUAAAGGGUUUUGCUACAUUCUAAUGCAUGUAUUCGGGUUAGGGGAAUGGAGGGAAUGCUCAGAAAGGAAUAUGUUUUGUGCUGGACUCUGGACCAUAUACCAUCUCCAGCUAUUUACACGCACCUUUCUUUAGCAUGCUACAGUUGUUAAUCUGGACAUUUGAGGAAUUGGCCGCUGUCACUGCUUGUUAUUUGUGCAUUUUAUUUUUUUUAAGCAUAUUGGUGCUAGAAAAGGCAGCUAGAGGGAGUGAAUCUGUAUUGGGGUACAGGAAUGAACCUUCCACAACAUCUUAAGAAUCCACAAAUGAAGGGAUAUAAAAAUAAUGUGGUCAUAGAUAAGAAACACAGCAACAAUGACUUAACCAUAUAAAUGUGGAGGCUAUCGACAAAGAAUGGGCUUGAAACAUUAUAAAAUUGACAAUGAUUUAUUAAAUAUGUUUUCUCAAUUGUAAUGACUGCUCCAUCUCCUGUGUAAUCAAGGCCAGUGCUAAAAGUCAGAUGCUAUUAUUACCUACAUCAGUCAACAACUUACAUUUAUUUUAUUAGUUUUCAAUCGUAUACCUGCUGUGGAUGCUUCAUGUGCUGCCUAAAAGCUUCUUUUUUCUCAUUAAAUAUAAAAUGUUUUGUAAUGCUGCACAGGAAAUUUCAAUUUGAGAUUCUACAGUAAGCGGUUUUUUUUCCUUUAAAGAUUUAUGAUGCACUUAUUCAAUCCAAUAGAUGUCAGCCGUUCCACCCUUUUGACCUUACACAUUCAUUACAGUGAGUUUUGCAGUUUUGCACAUUUUUUAAAUGUCAUUAACUGUUAGGGAAUUUUACUUGAAUACUGAAUACAUAUAAUGUUUAUAUUUAAAAGGACGUUAUUUGUGUUAAAAAGGAAAUUAGAGUUGCAGUAAAUUUUCAACACUGCACAAAUAAUGUCAUUUACUUUUUCAGUAGAAAUUGUCCCACAUAAUGCUUUUAUCAAUUUGCUAUUGAAAGAAUAGAUUUUUUUAAAUGUGCAGUGUUGAAUCAUUUCUUCAUAGUGCUAGAGUUAGGACAAGGGCUUCAAUUUCACUUCUUAAAUAUCAUAUAUUUGAUAUGCCCAGACUGCAUACGAUUUUAAGCAGAGUACAACUACUAUUGUAAAGUUAAUGUGAAGAUAUGAUUAAAAAGGAUUUUUCCCCCAGAAAUUUGGUAUCUUUCAAAUUAUACCUUGACCUUGAAACAUGUGACCAUCCAGCCAAUUUAUUUCUUAAUGGUGUAAAAUCUCAUUUUCAAUAACUUAUUGGUGCUGAAAUUGUUCACUAGCUGUGGUCUGACCUAGUUAAUUUACAAAUACAGAUUGCAUAGGACCUACUAGAGCAGCAUAUAUAGAGUUUGAUGGUAAAUAGAUUAGGGAGAACUUCAUCUAAAAUAUUCUUAGUAAAUAAUCUUGACAUGUUUUCCAUACCUCAUCAGUUUCAUUCAACAAAUAAAAUUUAAAAAUUUUUAACAAAGCUGUUAGGAUUUACACAUUUAUAUUUAAACAUUGAUAUAUAGAGAAUUGAUUGACUGCUCCUAAGUUAAAUUGGUAAAGUUAGAGACACCUAUUCCUAAGAUCUCAUCAUUGAAAUUUAUAUGUCACCUUGUCUUUCAUAAAAGCUGAAAACUGUUGACUAAAAUGAAAACCAACUAUUCAUGUUUUGAAGAUGGUUAUUAAUACUGUUAUUUGUUACAGUUUUGGGCACAGUAUAUUAAAGUGUAACUUGUAUGGUUCCAAUAUGUAACAUGGAGGGCCAGGUCAUAAAUAAUGACAUUAUAAUGGGCUUUGCACUGUUAUUAUUUUUCCUUUGGAAUGUGAAGGUCUGAAUGAGGGUUUUGAUGUUGAAUGUUUCAGUGUUUUUGAGAAGCCUUGCUUACAUUUUAUGGUGUAGUCAUUGGAAAUGGAAAAAUGGCAUUAUAUAUAUUAUAUAUAUAUAAAUAUAUAUUAUACAUACUACUCUCCUUUAUUUCAGUUACCACGCCCAUAGAAUUUGACAAGAAUUGCUAUGACUGAAAGGUUUUUGAGUCCUAAUUAAAACUUUAUUUAUGACAGUAUUCAUGAUUAGCCUGAAAUGCAUUCUGUAGGUAAUCUCUUUGAGUUUCUGGAAUGUUUUCUUAGACUUUUUGGAUGUGCAGCCGCUUACAUGUCUGAAGUUACUUGAAGGCAUCACUUUUAAGAAAGCUUACAAUUGGGCCCUGUACCAUCCCAAGUCCUCUGUAGCUCCUCUUGAACAUUUUUUGCCAUAAUUAUUAAAGGGUAGUUGAAUAAAUAGCAUCACCAUUCUUUGCUGUGGCACAGGUUAUAAACUUAAGUGGAGUUUACCGGCAGCAUCAAAUGUUUCAGCUUUAAAAAAUAAAAGUAGGGUACCAAGUUACUGUUUAGUUCUAGAAAAUUUGUGCAAUAUGUUCAUAACGAUGGCUGUGGUUGCCACAAAGUGCCUCGUUUACCUUUAAAUACUGUUAAUGUGUUAUGCAUGCAGAUGGAAGGGGUGGAACUGUGCACUAAAGUGGGGGCUUUAACUGCAGUGUUUGGCAGAGUUGCCUUCUACCCUGCCAGUUCAAAAGUUCAAUCUGUUUUCAUAUAGAAUAUAUAUACUAAAAAAUUUCAGUCUGUUAAACAGCCUUACUCUGAUUCAGCCUCUUCAGAUACUCUUGUGCUGUGCAGCAGUGGCUCUGUGUGUAAAUGCUAUGCACUGAGGAUACACAAAAAAUUACGAUGUGUACAGGAUAAUGCCUCAUACCAAUCAGAUGUCCAUUUGUUAUUGUGUUUGUUAACAACCCUUUAUCUCUUAGUGUUAUAAACUCCACUUAAAACUGAUUAAAGUCUCAUUCUUGUCA